GGUGCUAGGCGGGCGGGCAGGCGAAGCAGCUGCAGAGAGAGAGAGAGAGAGAUAGAGAAAGAGAGAGAGAGAGAGAGAGAGAGAGAGAGAGAGAGCAGGGGGACGCUGAUAACAACGGACAGGCUCAUGUUGGGAAAGUCAGAAACGCAACAUUUGCCGAUAUGGUGAUUUGAUGUCCGAGAGAAAUAUCUACACCUGUAACCCUUUUCUUUUCGGUCGACUGCAUUCGCUGUGUUUUUUUUUUUUGUCACGCAUGCGUGGGAUUAUAUUUCACGUUCUGUCGACCUGAAAUGACUGCCGGUCGCCGCGUCUAGCCAAUGGUUACUGCGGGGGCUCCCGUCUUGUGGAUUAUCCGUCGUCGCCGAGCCAGUCGCAUGGUCGAGCCCGGAGGAGGCCCCGCUCUGCUGGGUGGAUGUGUGUGAGGCACCGCCGGACCCCGAGUGCUGAUGAGGACGGCGACGGUGACGAUGCUCGGCUCUCGUCGGCAGCGGGCGAACUGAUCUUGGAUGUUCGGGCGACGUCGCCCCGACACAACCCAUUUCCUCACGCGGCGAACAUUCUAUUGCUUAAAAACUGGACGCCCCUGGAGCAGUUUAUGACGACCCUGGUAGGAGCGUGAUGAGCGCACGCUUCCGCUUGCCCGCUGGCAGAUCCUACAAUGUCCGGGCGACGGAGCUGGAGCGAGACAGGCCGCACACACAGGUUGUGUGCAACGUACUGCUGCUGGACAACACUGUCCAGGCGUUCAAAGUCAGCAAGUCGGACCAUGGCCAGGUGUUGCUGGACGCUGUCUUUAAGCACCUGGAGCUGACGGAGAGGGACUACUUUGGGCUGCACUUGGCGGAUGACACCUCAGAUACACCACGCUGGCUCGAUCCCAACAAGCCCAUCAGGAAACAGUUAAAAAGAGGCUCUCCCCAUAACUUGAGCUUCAGAGUCAAAUUCUUUGUGACAGAUCCGGGUAAACUUCAGGAAGAAUACACACGGUACCAGUAUUUUCUUCAGACCAAGCAGGACAUUUUAACUGGAAGAUUGCCCUGUCCACACAACACAGCCGCACUGCUGGCGUCCUACGCUGUUCAAUCGGAGUUAGGGGACUACAGUGAAUCGGAGCAUAGUUCGGGCUAUCUGUCAGAGUACUGCUUCAUCCCUAACCCCCCACAAGACUUCCACAAAGAGGUCGCAAAACAUCACCAGCAGCACAGUGGUCUAUCUCCUGCCCAGUCAGAGUUUAAUUAUCUGAACACAGCACGCACGCUGGACCUCUACGGGGUAGAGCUGCACUAUGCAAGGGACCAGAGUAACACAGAGAUUCUCCUCGGUGUGAUGUCCGGUGGCAUUGUGAUUUAUAAGAACAGGGUACGGAUCAACUAUUUCCCAUGGUUGAAAAUAGUGAAAAUUUCCUUCAAGUGCAAACAGUUCUUCAUCCAGCUGAGAAGAGAGGCGACGGAGACCCGGGAGACGCUGUUGGGCUUCAACAUGGUCAACUACCGGGCCUGUAAGAACCUGUGGAAGGCCUGCGUGGAGCACCACACCUUCUUCAGGCUGGAGCGGCCCAUCCCACCGCAGAAGAACUUCUUUGCCCACUACUUCACCCUGGGCUCAAAGUUCAGAUACUGUGGACGGACGGAGGUGCAGUCUGUGCAGUAUGGAAAGGAGAAAGGCAUCAAGGACCGAGUGUUUGCCAGCAGGUCUCCCAGCAAGCCAUUGGCCAGGAAGUUGGUGGGCGGGACUGACUGGGAGUCGGUCAGCAGGAACAGCCUAUCAGACGAGAGACUGGAAACCCAGAGCCUGCCCACUCGCUCGCCGCCUGGGACACCUAAUCAAAACUCGCUGUUUGUACAAGAGGGCACGCGACUCCGCCCGUCAUCUGUCGGACACCUGGUCGAUCAUGUGAUCCACGCUUCACCCAGCCUGCCCGUUUUCUCCUCCUCCAAUCACAAGUCGGCAUCGUCCACGCAGGCCAACAGCAUCAGCCUGGACUCGACACCGUCUCCCGAGGGGUUGGACGGCCAGCCUCCAGCUCUGCCUCCCAAGCAGCUGAGCAGGAAGACCUUGAGCCAGAUCAUCCAGGCCCACUCUCAACAGAGCCUGCUGGACAACCACCUCAAUGAGAUGUACGACGUCCCCGUCAACGCUGACAAGACCACGGUCAGUGUGGCGACACAAGACGCAGAUGCUCAAAACAGAAUGCUGAAUGGAGUCGUCCCUCAUGACAAUUUGGUCCUGAUCAAGAUGAGACCUGAUGAACACGGACGAUUCGGCUUCAACGUGAAGGGUGGAGCUGACCAGAAGAUGCCUAUCAUCGUGUCCAGAGUAGCUCCCGGAACGUCGGCGGACCUGUGCGUGCCGCGCCUCAACGAGGGCGACCAGGUGGUCCUGAUCAACGGGCGGGACAUCUCUGACCACACCCACGACCAGGUGGUCAUGUUCAUCAAGGCCAGCUGUGAGAGCCACUCUGGGGAGCUCAUCCUAUUGGUCAGGCCAAACGCCAUCUACGAUGUGGUGGAGGAGAAGGCGGACUCGGAGCCAGAUUUUCAGUACAUCCCUGAGAAGUCCCCUCAGGACCCCACCCAGCUAGACCAGCAUGCUUUGAGGGACUCUAUGGUAGCACUGAAGGAAGGCCUGAUCAGCGGAGGCAUACUGGCCCAGUUCGAUCAACUGUACAGGAAGAGGCCGGGGAUGACCAUGCUGUGUGCCAAAUUACCUCAGAACGUUUCCAAAAAUCGCUACAGAGACAUCUCUCCUUACGAUGCCACGCGGGUGAUUCUGAAAGGCACAGAUGACUACAUCAAUGCAAAUUACAUCAAUAUGGAGAUUCCAGCCUCCAGUCUGAUAAACCGCUACAUAGCAUGCCAGGGCCCGCUGCCCAACACCUGCCCAGACUUCUGGCAAAUGACAUGGGAACAGGGUUCAUCCAUGGUUGUCAUGCUGACCACGCAGGUCGAGAGGGGGCGGGUCAAGUGUCACCAGUACUGGCCCAACCCAGACAGCGCCACCACCUACGGGAACUUCACAGUCACGUGCCACAACGAAGAGGGCAACUCUGCCUUCCUGGUCCGAGAGAUGACCCUCACGCACACGCAGAGUGAGCAGGAGAGAGAGCUGACUCAGAUUCAGUACCUGGCUUGGCCAGACCAUGGCGUCCCUGAUGACUCCACUGAUUUCCUGGACUUUGUGGCUCUGGUACGGACCAAACGGGCCGGACAGGACCACCCGAUGGUGGUGCACUGCAGUGCUGGAAUCGGUCGGACGGGGGUUCUUAUCACCAUGGAGACGGCGUUGUGUCUCAUGGAGUGCGGUCAGCCGGUGUAUCCUCUAGAUAUCGUCAGGACCAUGAGAGACCAGAGGGCCAUGAUGAUACAAACACCCAGCCAGUACCGCUUCGUGUGCGAGGCCAUCCUGAGAGUCUACGAGGAAGGUCUGGUCAAGCCACUCAAGACCUCCGUCUACCGGCAGAGAGAGAAGGCGAACGACCAGAGUGAGGAGGAGAGAGCGGAGCAGCAGAGAGCGGAAGAAGAGACGGAGGACGGCGAGGCGCCAGCGGUGGAGUUGCUGGAGGGAGGGCUGGAUGAAGAGGACGACGACGACGAGGAGGUGGAGGUGCUGGAUGUGGGCGAGGUGACAGAAGACGGCGAGGAGGAGGAGGAGGACGGAGAAGAAGAGGAGGAGGAGGAGGAGGAGGAGGAAGUGGAGGAGCCGAGCGUCGCGAGCGCCGUGAGCGCCACCAGCGCGACGAGCGAGACCAGCGUGAACCCUGACCCUGACCCUGACCCUGACCCCGCUAACCUGUGACAUUUGACCUGUAGGGGUCAUCAGGGGUUACUAGGAGUGCAGGUGGUCGGAGUGGAGAACAAAAGCACUGUUGCACUUUAUGCUGACGAAAAUGGAAAAACAGACAAACAAACGUGAAAAUCAUGGACAAGUUAGAAUUCAAAAAAAAAAAAAAAAAGAAAAGAAAUCCAGCUGUGUUGACUAGGUACCAUUAGGGAAUAUUUUUAUGUUCAGGGUAAAGAAAAAAAGUAUACAAAGACUGAAGAUAAAAGUAUGAGAGAGUAAAAUGUGGAUGGGUAAUUGCUGUAGUGCCAUAAGUAUGAAGGGGACGGGCUGCCCCCCGUGGAUGGAAAACGCCCCCUGCCCUUUUUAUCCCCCUCUUCUUUUUUCCCCCUCAAGGGUUGCCCUGUCCUCUUCCGAGUGAGGUCUGCCAGACGGACCUGCCUUUUUCUUUUCUUUUUUUUUCGUGUGUCCUUUUAGCUGAUAAAGAGAUAUACCUUAUCUUUUGUUCCUCAGAAAGAGUAUUUAUUGUGUUUUAGUUGGUGUCAAACCCUGUCCACUGAACAAAAAAAAGAAAGAAAACAACAAGUUGUAUGUUUUUGUUUGUAUGAGUGUAGGGCUUCACGCUUUCCUGAUUAAAUCUUAGGUAGUAAAGUAGUGUGGUUCCUCUUCUUCUAACUACUACUUUAUUUCUUUUUUGCUUUUUCUUGUUUGGGGGGGGGACAGUGAUUUAAUUUAUUGUACUUGGUUUUAUCUUUCUCUGCUUUCUUGUCUAAGUUUUUCUGACAGCGCAGACGGAUGGACGGCGGAGAGCACCUCGUAUCUCGCCUUCGCGUUGGAGGCUCCGUCCUGCUUUGUGCUGUGUUUUUUUGGGGGGGGUUUUUUGGGGCUUACGGACACACGUGCGCUAUGGAGUGGCCGUCGUUUGACGUGGAAAUAGAACUGGUUUACAAUCCUCAGGGCCCGUGUCUACCGGCCCCCUCCCUCUCACUCCUGCACGGGUCACAGCCGCCACUGUCGAGCUAUGAGCGUACGCACGCUGCGAUAUCGAAUUUAACCAUUCGAGCGGUGGAUCGGUUAUUUGAACUAAAGUCCCCUCACAUAGUCCCUGACAUCCAUUGACCACAAGACAACAAAGGCGCUGUGGUAAAGGAGAGGCCCCAGCAGACACACGGCCUCACUGAGGAUCAAUUUAAGCUACUUUGUUCAUGAAGCUAAGAAACGAGGCUGAGGUCGGUUCAUUUCUUUCUUCCAAUUCUUAUUCAGUUUUCGGGUUUUUUUCUCAUAGGUUUAAAAAAAUAAAUAGUUUAUUGGUGAACUGAUCUCAACCUUUUGUGUGAAUGCUAAAACCUUAACUUUUAUAGCUCCCUCCUUUGUCCUCCCCUCCUUUUUCUUUUCUUUUCUUUUUUUUGGACAUUCAGAGACUAAGAAUUUUGUGUUGGGGAGCAAAACCCACAUACCUGCUCACACCGAUGGCUCAUUGCUUUGUAUGAGCGAUUAUUAUUAUUAUUAUUAUUAUUAUUAUUAUUAUCAUGUGACCCAACAUUAAACCCAAUCAUUUGGUGUUUUGUUUUUUUCCAAGGAAAUAUGCUCAUGGAGUACUCUGUUUGGCAAUAAGCUCCGGCGGAGUCGAGAGGUCACUGGAGCGGAGCUUAAAACCAAUCGUUACUUAUCAGUUUUUAUCCAAAAUCUGUCGGGCGUGUCUGCGAGGGCACAGUUGACCGUUCGGAGAAGCAGCACAAACAGAACAGUCAACCAGUACUUUACCUUUUUUUUUUUAUUGAUCUUUCCCAGUGGUACUUCUUCAUUUUUAAAGCACGUGUUGUUUUUUAAGACGGCGAUGAUGAGAGAUUAAAUGAUGACUUGUAUUUUUAAUUCACAAAACCCAGCAUCAAAUUGCUUGUUGAGCCUUUUCUUUUUUUUUUUGUCUGAAGUACAGGUUGAGCUGUCAAUGUGUUUUUCGGUAUGGAAUGGAGUGUAGCCUCUUAAUAAUUUGAGAUAUUUGUCUUAUCGACUGCUUCAGUACCUGCUGUCAUCGGCUCCUACAAUGGACUCUGCUGGAAAAACCUACUGCUGUGUGUGUGUGCGUGUGUGUGUGUGCGUGUGUGUGCGUGCUUGCGUCCGUGUGUGCCUGUGUGUGUGUGCGUGUGUGUGCGUGCGUGCGUCCGUGUGUGCCUGUGUGUGUGUGCCUGUGUGUGUGUGUGUGUGUGUGUGUGUGUGUGUGUGUGCGCGUGUGUACAUACAACCUUGGAUUUGUCUUCAUCUCUCUCUGAACCCCUCCCUCUCUUCCUCUGCCAUUUCUCUGAAAUAUCGUUUUAUUUGUGCUGUCUGGUCUAAGCCUGCUUGUUCGUAAACUGGAAUGAAAGGUUGUGCCAUAAAGCCAUAAACCUAAUCGAAACCUGAUCUCGAAUUUUUUUGAAAAAAAUCCAAAAAGAGCCUUCGUGGGGAGUUGUGUGUUAUCAGGGCAGGCGAGGACGACCUCCCUGUCUCGCCUGUGAAACGACAGAAUUCAAACAGCGCUCAUACCUUCCCUUUUUAAAACCAGCCGAAUCAAACUCCCCCCCCCACCCCCCAGACACCUCUCUUUUGGAUCAUUAUACAUGGAUCCCACUCUCUGCAUGGCCUCAAGGUGAAUGAUACAUCAGAGCAGAUUACCAAUGGUACAGUUGUGCAGUUUCAAACAGCGCGGGGGGCUGAUGCUAUAGCCACUGAAUGACUUGUUUUAACAAAUACAUUGAACAAAAACACCAUUCAACCCCCAUUUGGCUUCUUCCCAUCAGUCUUUGUACCCGGCAACAGGGCUACUCAAAUCAAAAUCAAUCCCCCCCUUCAAUUAAAGUUCAAAAACCUUCUGACGGCUAACGAGAGAAAAAAGAAAAGAAAAUGUGGCCCCGCAGUGAAAAGUUGAUAAUUGAUAAGUCGGGGGGGCUGCCAGAGUUUCCAUCUGCACAAAAUGUCCAACAAUGAGCUGUCUGUGUUCCAAAGUGUUUCGAUGUUGACACAUAAUUGGUACUGUCUGUGCGUCUAGGGUACUGAUCAAAUGUAGUUCGGAGGCGUACCAGGCAUGGGGAGGGCUCGGGUUAGUUGUAUUUUUGUAAAGACAAAAACAGUUCUAGUCGGGCAGGGAAAGGACAGCACUUUGGAAAAGGCUUAGUGGCAUGUAGUGCUACUGGAAAAAGAAAAAAGAAAAAAAAGUUGGAGCAAUGUUAAAAUGAGUUGUUGAUGAGUUUCUGUUUUUAAUUUAUCGUUUUUAUUUUUGUUUGAAAGUAAGACACACGUAGGGGAACCAGAAAAAAAGAUAAAACAUCUCCUAACUACACAGUGCCACUUGUUAAUUUUUGUGUAAAUAAUACUAGACCAUGUAAAUACAAUGUUGUAUAUGAAAAAAAAUCUUUAAAAUAAAAGGGAAAAUCAUUUGUGAGCAGAAA